AAGGAAAACGGAGUUAGAAAUUAUUAUAUAAUCUGUUUCCUUAUUCCUUCAGCGUUUAUAACAGUGUUUCAGGGGGGGAAAACGACACAGUUUACCUGGACAACAGGACGGUGGAAGCAUGAGGGUCGCAGUGGCAAUAUUUGCAGUUUUUGCAUCGGUAGCUGUCACCAUUGACGCUACUGUAUACUUCAAGGAACAAUUUCAGGAUGGAGGUAAAUGUGACUUUCUGAUCAUUCCUAAAACGUUUCUAUGUGAUAGAUUAUGUUUUGGGGAUCAUCUAAUCAAGACCCCAUACCGUACCCUAUAACUUAGUGUUUUGGUCUUCACGGUCUUUUAAUUAAAUAUUCAAUGUUAUUUCUGCAUGUAAUAGUCAAUAACUUUGGUAUCUAGGCUAAUGCUUGGAAAAAGCUCCAUUAUGUAAUUUUUGUUAAAACUAAACUUUUCUGUAUUGUGGUACAUCUACACCAUGUGCGUUAAUGGAGUUUUUGUUUUGUUAUUUUUGCAUAAUAUCUAUUUGAAAGUGAAUUGACAUGAAAUAUCAUUAUGGUCAGCCUUUUUACACUGUGUAGAAGACGCACCAUUUUUUUAUGUAUAAAAAACUUUUGACAUAGUAUCAAAGUGAAAUCCAUUAUUGUCAUUUUGUUUCAUCAAAGUAUUAUAUGACUCAGCAGUGCACUGUAUCUGAUUCUUUCACUUUUGGUUUGUUCUUUGAUUUCCUGCAGUCCUUACUCAUCCAUGUGACUUCCCCUAGAUCCUGACUGAUAAGAUUGUAAAUGUUGUUUUCAGAUGCAUGGAAGAGCCGGUGGCUUGUAUCGAAGCACAAGUCAGACUAUGGCGAGUGGAGACUGACUGCUGGGAAGUUUUAUGGCGACGCUGAGGCCGAUAAAGGUGAGCUGAAUAGGGAUAUACAGUAGUUUGAUCACGACAAGAUGUUUAUGCCCAAUUCCUUCACUAAGUCUGAGUUUGCAUAUGCCAAAUGGUUGCACAUGGCUCCCUUAGAUUGUGGAUUGUUGUCAAUGCAAAUGUAAAGUGUAUUCUCGCCAACCCUAAUCAAAAUAUAAUCCACAUGACAUACAGUACUGUAAACUCACUAUACAUCACUCACCUCCUAUACCUUAUACCUACUGAUGUUAAUGUAUUAUCUUCUUACCUGUUCCACAGGUCUCCAGACCAGCCAGGACGCCCGUUUCUAUGCUAUGUCCAGCCGCUUUGAACCCUUCAGCAACGAGGGCAAGCCCUUGGUGGUCCAGUUCACUGUCAAACACGAGCAGAAGAUUGACUGUGGCGGUGGAUAUGUCAAAAUCUUCCCAGCAGACCUCGACCAGGCAGCUAUGCAUGGGGACUCGCAGUAUUACAUCAUGUUUGGUGAGUGGGUGCAGAGCACCAAUAGUUUUUCUGACUGAGGAGUGACUUUUGGUCAGAGAUGAAUUCCUCUGUGUAUAUUUCUUAAUUCAAUUAUUUUACUUUUAGAUUUGUGUGUAUUGUUGUAUAUUGUUAGAUAUUACUGCACUGUUGGAGCUAGGAACACAAGCAUUUCGCUACACCCGCAAUAGCAUCUACCAAAUAUGUGUAUGCGACCAAUAAAAUUGGAUUUGAUUUAGUGACCCUCGUCAUUUAAAUCUUUACAUUCAGUGAGACAUUCAUUCAGUGAGACAUUUUUAGAAAUGCAUGGAUUGUAUGGUAGAUUCUGUGUUUUAUUGACAUGACAAUCAAUAGAUUAAAUGCUCUCUACCCAUCCAUCCCACAGGGCCUGACAUCUGUGGCUACAGCACCAAGAAGGUUCACGUCAUCUUCAACUACAAAGGCAAGAACCACCUCAUCAAGAAAGAAGUCAAAUGCAAGGUACGCCAUUUUAAAUCCCUCAGCAUUGAAUUAUGUUACUGCAUAUUACCUGUCAGGCCUUUCUUUGCCUCUAACCUAACCCCUGCUGUUCUCCACUUUGUCCUUUCAGGAUGAUGAACUGACACACCUGUACACUCUGAUCCUGAACCCGGACCAGACAUACGAGGUGAAGAUCAACAAUGAGAAGGUGGAGUCAGGCACUCUGGAGGAGGACUGGGACAUUCUGCCCGCAAAGACCAUCAAGGACCCCGAGGCCAAGAAGCCAGAGGACUGGGACGACAGGCCCAAGAUCGACGAUCCUACUGACACCAAGCCAGAGGUGAGCCUCUUUGAAUGAAGAUAUUUGAUCAAACGUAAACCAGCAUUGAUAUAGGUAAUAUAAGAAUCACGUUUGAGAAAUGUAAUCCAAGGUCCACAGUGAUUUAUAAGAAGUUUAUAAGCUGUUACUGAGACUGGCAAUGUGCUGAAGAGGCACAGCCCUUUUUUCCAUUGGUGUUCAGUCAGCACUGUUUCCCUAUUCGGCCCAAUGCCUCUAGUCAGGAAACACAGUUCCAUCAAUCCAGUGUAAAAUGGACAGAUGAUACCAAUGUUUCCCCAAGGCUAGUUACUCUUACAUAAUGGGUAAAAAAAAUGGAACAAUUUGAUAGCUAUCACAUUUCAUUCUGCCAUAGUAUGUGCCCAUUGUGCUUAACACAUGUUGUAUGAUCUUUCUUCCUGCCGUUAACAGUCAUUUGACUAUUAAGGCCAAUGAGCAUGAGAUUUCUGUGGUCCUGGUUUAGUUACACCAUUUCAGGAGUGAUCUCUCUCUCUUUUGUCCAAAGCACUUUGUUUAGUUCUGUCACUGGCCAAGUUGUAACUAAUCUUGAACUUUCUCACUAGGACUGGGAGAAGCCUGAGAACAUCCCUGACCCUGAUGCUAAGAAGCCUGAUGACUGGGAUGUGGACAUGGAUGGAGAGUGGGAGCCUCCUAUGAUCCCCAACCCAGAGUAUCAGGUACACACUGAGUUUGAACCAGUGGCUAACAACGCUUAAAUAUAACUUCAAUUAUUAGGCUGUUAUAAAUGCUUAUAAAUUAUGUAAAUGCUGAUAAAGCUUAUUAUGUUAAUAUAUUAUAGAAUCCUCAUGCAUUAAUAGCAUAUACAAUACUUACAAAUAGUUUAUUAAUAUUUAUUAAUACAAGUUAUUAUUGAGUGUUAUCCUUCCAUGAGCUGCAUUAUACAGCUAGUUGUGCACCACUGGUAGUCUUAUAUCUGGCCUUGUCUUAUCAGGGAGAGUGGAAGCCAAAGCAGAUUGACAACCCCGACUACAAAGGUACCUGGGUGCAUCCUGAGAUCGAUAACCCUGAGUACACAGCCGAUGCCUCCAUCUACAAGUUUGACAACAUUGGAGUGCUGGGUCUGGACCUGUGGCAGGUAUGUUAGACAUUAGACAAUGAAUGAGAAAUGUGUAGCUGAAGGGUAAUUAUGGGCUUGAUGUUACAUUUGUUUGUCUGUCUUUCUAUAGGUGAAGUCUGGCACCAUCUUUGACAACUUCCUGAUUAGUGAUGAUGUAAAGGAGGCGGAGGAGUUUGGAAACGAAACCUGGGGAACUACAAAGGUAGGAUUUUGUUAUAUUCAUGAUACGUUUCUAUUUUGGCAUAAGUUAGUAUGAGUUCAAUUUGAUAUUAAUUUUCUAAUGUUAGACCAAAAUACACCAGUCCCAUAGCACUCUGUCUCUCAAUGACCCAUUUUCCUUCUUUGUAAAACAGGAACCAGAAAAGAAAAUGAAGCAUGCACAGGAGGAGGAGGAGAGGAAAGCGAGAGAAGAGGAGGAGAAGAGCAAGAAGGACACAGCUGAUGAUGAGGGGGAUGAAGAUGAAGAGGAUGAUCCAGAGGAGGAGGAAGAUGAGGACAGCCCAACAGAAGAGGAGGAAGAGGAAACUCCCAAGAAGGACAAGGAUGAGUUGUAAAUGAAACCGAACAGAAUAUAUUUCUGUCCCGCCCUAUCUCCUCUCCAAUGGACUGACUGCUGUGCAUCAUCACGUUGAGUAAUACCCUAUGGACUUGCCCCUCCUGUGGCAACCUAUUUUUCAGGUGUAGGGGUGGGAAAGGGUUAAAGGGGCAGGCAAUGUUUGCCUUUUUUAAGGUGUUUAGGGUUGAAGAACUGGGUUUAAGUUUUAUGUUUCUGUGAGAAUGCUUAAUUUAGGAUAAUCUCCCCCUGUUCAGAAUGUGGUCUAUCCCGUCCCUGUGUCCUACAGUUGCUCUAGGUGUUGCUGCCACUAGGUGUUGCUG